UGAUUUUUUUGCCGGGAGUAAGUAAGAUUACGUAUCAACAACGUUGUUAACACUCAACAGAGACGUUCGUGAAGUGAAUUUUUCAACAAACUUUGCCAAACCAAGUUUAAUCACUUUGUUCACCUGCACCUGUUUAUGAAAAAUUAUGGCGAAUUGCUCGCGUGGACAUGUGUUGACCAAAGUGCUCUUUUCCUGCUUUUUGGGAGCAGUUAUGGACGCCUUAAUAUCUGGUGUGUUGCUAAUUCAUGGAAAGUACUUUUCUAGUUUUAAUACCCAUUCGCAAAUGGAAGAAUUCAAAUUUUGUUCAUCGGUUUUUGAUUUGUGGGUUUUGUCUUUGGUACGCUGUUGUACUUUACUUGGUGCCGUCUUUGGAGUACUGUUUUCUAAACGCAAAAUGGAAGCAGUUUCUAGAAUAACUGCAUUUAAGAAACCUUGGCUUUAUUACAGUGUUGGAGUUGUUGUCUUCGUUGUAACCAAAUUCCUUGUGAGCACGGAAUGUAACUUGGACAGAACAUCGAAGAUUUGGUUUUUGUCAUUCCUGGGAUGGACUGUAGUUGGCACAGUGAUUACAAAUGGUCUGUGGCAUUUCCUCUCUAAAAUCAAAAUUACGGCCUUAUCUUCAGAACAAGAAACUGGUUCGAUACAAGGAAGAGAGGGUCUCCUCACUUUUCACGACUUUCAAGAUUCAGAAGAGAGUGGCACCAAUGGGAAGAAAAACAAUAUUUCUGCUUGGAGACUGAUGUCUUAUUGCAAGCCAGACAUCCCCUACAUUUCUUUUGCAUCUGUUUUCCUCUUACUUGCAGCAACUGGUGAAAUAUUCAUUCCAUAUUAUACAGGACAGGUCAUAGAUGCCAUUGCCAUCGAUAAGGACAAGACCAAGUUUAUGAAUGCUAUUCUCAUUAUGACCCUCAUAUCACUUGGCACAGCAAUUUCGGCAGGCUUGCGUGGUGGGCUGUUCAACUUGAUUGCAGCAAGAUUUACCAGGAGAAUCAAUAAUGUUUUAUUUGGUUCUAUUGUGACACAAGAAAUUGGAUUCUUUGAUAGUACAAAGACAGGAGAUAUUGUCUCACGUCUGAGCUCAGACACUACAAAGAUGUCCGAUCAAGUUGGAUUAAACAUCAAUGUGUUUCUGCGUAACUGUGUCCAGUCCAUUGGUACAUGUGUUUUUAUGUUCAAACUCUCUUGGAAGUUAACUACUGUAACUCUGGUUGGCUUGCCCUUGGUUGCAUUUAUCUCAGACAUUUAUGGAGACUACUACAAGAAGUUGGCAACAGAAGUUCAAGAAGAAACUGCGAAGGCAAAUGAAAUUGCAGCAGAAGUUGUAUCUUCUAUGAAGACUGUUCGCAGUUUUGCAAAUGAAGAUGGUGAAUAUGAGCAAUAUAGGAACAAACAAGAUGCAAUAUAUAAACUUAAAGUCAAGGAGUCUUAUUUGUAUGGAGGAUAUCGAUGGUGCACUGAAAUCCUUUCCCUUGCCAUCGACGUCAUUGUUCUACUCUAUGGAGGUCAUUUAGUAAUGAAGGGAGAACUGAGUGGUGGAUAUUUAGUAUCUUUCAUUUUGUAUCUACUUCAGCUUAGCUUUUAUAUAGAUGAAGUAGGAGAGAUAUAUACAGGUCUUAUGGAGGCUGUUGGUGCCUCUCAGAAAGUAUUUGAACUCAUUGACCGAGAACCCAAAAUUCAGAACAGUGGCAUUGUGACUCCUAAUGAAGUUUCAGGUGAAAUUGAAUUUCAGAAUGUUUCCUUUGCAUACCCCACAAGACCAGAUAUUACAGUCUUGGAUAGUGUGUCGUUUAGCGUCAAACCAGGUGAAGUGAUUGCUUUAGUUGGUCCUAGUGGCGGUGGAAAGAGCACCUGCAUCAGUCUUCUAGAACACUUUUAUGAGCCAACUUCAGGUGAAGUUUUGAUUGAUUCAAUCCCAGUGAAGAAUUUUGACCACAAAUAUUUGCACAACAAAGUGGCUCUGGUAGGUCAGGAACCUGUACUGUUUGCUAGGUCAGUCAAGGAAAACAUUACAUAUGGUCUUGGUAAUGAUGUUGAGAUUGACCAAAGCUUAGUUGAAAAUGUGUCCAAACUUUCCAAUGCACAUGCUUUUAUCAAUGAUUUGCCAGAGGGAUAUGAUACAGAAACUGGUGAAAAGGGCUUGCAGUUAUCGGGUGGUCAAAAGCAAAGAGUUGCUAUUGCUAGAGCAUUAGCUCGUAAUCCUCGAAUCCUCUUGCUGGAUGAAGCUACAAGUGCUUUAGAUGCAGAAAGUGAGCAUCUUGUCCAGGAUGCAAUUUACAAGAAUUUGACUGGCCACACAGUAUUGAUAGUGGCCCAUCGUUUGAGUACUAUCGAGAAAGCUGACAAAAUUGUUGUUAUUGACCAGGGUCAAGUUAUUGCUCAAGGAAAGCAUGAAGAGCUAGUCCACCAAAAUGGACUCUACGCAAAGCUUGUGAGCCGCCAAAUGUUAGGGCUUGAAAGAAGGAAUUCUUCAACUGAUGAUACACUGCAUGUUGGGUUCAAACAUGUAGAUCAGAAUGAUUCAGAGAGCCGUAAUGGAAGCAGUUCCUCCUAUUCUUCUAGUCCACACUUCUCAGCUUUGUCUAGAAAGUGACCUUGUGAGCCUGUAAAGGGACUUCAGCAACAUUUAUUUUGGGUUAACUUUCAAAUUUAACUCGGAAGAUCUGCUCAUUAAUUAUCUCCACUUGCCACUACAAAUUUCUUGGUCCAUAACUUACAAGAAUUUGGUGUUAGAUCAAGAUAACAACCUCUAAGUAAUAAUUUUGAGUAUUCUCAUUACCUGUCUUCUGGAUGAUGCAUGGAUAUUAUAGGGAGAAGUUACAUAUUAAAAGGGAAGAGUUUGAAAGGAAGGAAACCUUAAAAUUAUAAAUUUGGUUUGUCAGGAUAGAUAUUGGUAAUGGCAUAAAUUUGUUGAAAGAUGUGUCAAUGAGUCCUGACAGCAUUUUUAAAUGCACGCAAGUCAGAUUUUGUGAGUUGCAAUAUUGAAUAGAGAGCAUGAAAAGUUAAGUAGCAUUUUAUUUUUAUCAAAUGCAGUUUGCAGAAAGUGUUUAUAUGGUGAAUCAAUUUGCUUUGAAAGAUUCAGAUUGAGUGUUUAGUAUGAGUUUCGAGUCUCUUUUGAGGAAUAUUGUAUAGAAAUUGAACACUCAUUCUGACAUGUUAUAAUCAACACCCUCUGCAUCUUAGAAUUUAUUUUAAUCAACUGUAUCUUAAAUUUCACACAGAUAAACUCACACUUACCUGUACUCUGACCCACAAAAUGAUUACACAGAGUUGUUGAAACAUUAUACAAUUUUUUCAUGAUUGAAUAUCAUUUGGUUGUUUGCAGAAAACCUCCUUUUUUAAAAGCAAAAAUAAUGGUUGAAUGGGAAGAAGAUCAAAAUGAAUUACCUAUGAUGACAGGAAUUACACAGGCUAAUUUUUGAAGAUGUAUAGGCUAUAACAGGCUCCUGUAAUGGUUAUAAUGGUGAUGAAAAUUACCUUCCCAUAACAUCUUGUGGUGCAUGUUGACACGCCAACCUGAGAAAUGAACAUCUGUCAACAAUAUUUUUGAUAAAAAAUCACUUAAACAUUUUGCAGAGAGGAACAAAGCCAUAAUUUUGAAAGCCAUCUGCAGUUUAAUUGUAAUUGCUUAAUCAAUAUAUGUUAAAGAAUGUUAUUUUAACUAUUUUGUGAGUUUAAGAUGUGACUCUUAGUCCACUGUUACAGUUUAAAUAAGUUAUAUAUUUUAAAGUUCUGUGACAAGAAUAAAGUUUGCCUCAGUCCCCA